CAUCUACGGUAGCGUAGGGUAACUAUAGCAGCAUUCUUUCAGCGGUGAUUCGAGAUCGGUCAAAAUGUCAUACAGAGAUCUGAGAAAUUUUACUGAGAUGAUGAGGGCGUUGGGUUAUCCUCGCCUCAUAUCCAUGGAGAACUUCCGUACCCCAAACUUUGCUCUCGUAGCUGAGGUGCUCAUAUGGCUAGUCAAGAGGUAUGAUCCUAAUGCUGAUAUUCCUUCUGACACAGACUCAGAACAGGACAGAGUUAUUUUCAUCAAAUCAGCUGCACAGUUUAUGGCAACCAAGGCACAUAUCAAACUGAAUACAAAGAAGUUAUAUCAGGCCGAUGGUUAUGCAGUCAAAGAGCUCCUGAAGGUCACGUCAGUGCUUUACAAUGCAAUGAGGACAAAGGUCGGAGGUCAAGAUGGUGAUGAUGAUGAUGGGGCGUCAGCUAUGUCAUUUGACAUAUCAUCAAAGAUCCAAGAUUUGAAAGCCUCCAGACAACUAGCAUCAGUGAUCACAUCAAAAGGGGCUAGUUUAUACGAUCUUCUGGGCAAAGAAGUUGAACUUAGAGAAAUCCGUACAAUGGCCAUCAAUAAACCUUUAGAGAUCAAUGAGAUUGAGAAAGGUUUACGGAACAGCAUCAAGGCUGUUGAGCAAAAUGUGAAGAAAACGCAGAAGAUGCUGGAGAAUGUGGCAUCAGAUGAGGCGAACCUUGAAGCUAAGAUUGAUAAAAAGAAAUCCGAGAUGGAAAGGAACCAGAAACGUCUCCAGACGUUACAGUCGGUCCGACCAGCAUUCAUGGAUGAAUACGAGAAGCUGGAGGGUGAUCUUCAAAAACAGUAUGAGAUUUUCAUUGAGAGAUACAGAAAUCUAACCUACUUAGAGCAGCAGCUUGAAGAAUACAGCAGAGCAGAACAGGAUAGGUUUGAGGAGACAGAGAACAGCUUAAAACAGAUGCAGAACAGAUUACGGCAAGAGGAUGACAGGAUAAAGAUGUCAGAUGAGAUCCUCGGUGAUGAGGACAUGAAUGGUUUGGAUGUCGUGGAGGAUGCUGAAGAGAGCGAGAGCGAGGAUGAUGAUGAGGAGGAUGACGAUGAAGAGGAGUCGGGGCCAUCACAAAUACCAAAAGGAAAGUUCAGACAAGCCCCACAGCAGAAGAACCCUAGGGUAUUUGGUAACAUGGGAGCCGGUCUGAGUGAUGAUGACAGUGGAUCCUCCGGCGAUGAUGGCGACAGCAUCAGUGUGGACGAUGACGAUCUCCUGGAUGAUCAGGAUGGCGACAGCGAUGACCUCAAGGUUGAUGGACCUCCAGGGAAGCAAGAAGAUGAAGACAGCGAUGAUGACUUCUAGGUAUUCUUCUCAGAUCACUAAUUGACUUGAAGACAAUCCUCUAAGAUCACCUGAACAUGAAUUCUUUGAUUCCGAUUCCUGGUAUUCCGGGAGAGUGCUUGAAGACCGUUCUCAUAGUUGUGAUACAACACUUCUUCAAACGUGGAUGUUUUUGUACACUCAGCCUUAUGGCUCACAGUAGCUGUGGAGGGGCUAUUUGCUGAAGGUGUUGGCUUAGUUUCAUGAUGACAAACUAGUAUAUGGAAUGCCAAGAUGUGAUGUGCCUAGAAGAUUGAUUAUUCUUUUCCACCAUAUUCUUUGCUAAACAGAGCAGUUUAUCUGCUCACUCUCCAUAUGCCUUGAUACCCAUCAGUGUCUGAAAAAACCCCUCAGCAAUCUGUAAUUUUCAUGCUUGUAGUUUAGACCCACCAGAGGUUUUGAGUAGUACGAGAAGCCACUUUUCAGACUUUAGUCUGAAUUCAGAUUUUUAAAAACAUACUUUUGGUCAUAGAAAACACCCUUUUCAUGUAGAAAAGUAUUGUUGUAUUGAAAUGAUUUUCAGACUUUUUAAUCAAUUUUAAGUGGCAUCCCUGGUAAUAAGGUAAAGUAUGUUGAACAGAACAUUACCCCAAUUUCCUAAAACAUGGGCUGAACAAACACAUCGUCUGGGUUUUACAAACCUUGUAUCGUCAAUCCUGGAAAUUUUUAGGACAGUUCAGAAAAUGAUGCAUAUUUAGAUUAUAGCAAUGGUGUUAACCUCAUAUUGUCUUAAAACAGUCUCCUAAUUCAUGUAGAGAACACUUUCUUGGCAAAAUUAGGUUGCUACUUUAAGAUGUCAUAACUCUAAAAGAAGAGCUUUUCUGAGCGGUCCCUAAUAUACUAAAUGUUAAGAGUCGACUGACCUUACUCUUGACUACUAUCAAGUCAUUUUCUAAUGACUCAGUUGACCUUACAAUCAUUUUAAAAUUAUUUUUUUAAAGAAUUUCUUGAAAACUGCUUUAACACUUUGCCCCAAAACAUGUGUGUAGGAUUGUGUUGUCUCACUGAAUUAAGUCAUGUUAUAUAGAAUAUCUAUGUUGUGUUAGAUAUUCUUCUAUUUCCCAUGUGUGUGUAUUCAUCAGUCUAUCAGCUUAUGGUAUAUGUAAAUAUUAGAUUUAAUAAAUAUGACAGAGUACUCAACUAUAACAAAUUUCUGUUUUUUUAGUACAGUGUAUUUGGAAUGUAUCAGAUUAUGUGUUUUUAUGUAGCAGUGCCUAUGAGGAGAGUAAAAGAUGACUAUGAAACCCAUCUUUUUCUUGUCUCAUGCACUAUUUUUACCCCAAUUAUGCGUUUAUAGGAAGUAUGUAUUCCAUCCAGGGCUUUGGAGACUUCUAUUACAAACAAAUCUCAUAUUCACAGAAUAUUCCUCACAUGUGAUAAAGUCAUUAUUAUCUUGCCUUCCAUCACUGAAAAUGCCCGAGGUUGACUGGCUGAAGUGGAACUAGCUGGCUCCAUUGAUGUAGAUGUAGCAUAGCAUUGUUAGAGUUAAUUUCUAGUUCUUUUCACUAUUGUGUGGUCAGCAAAUUAUUAUAAUCUCCACAAGAAAGCUAAAUUAUGAUUUAAAGGUCAAGUUUACACAAACAAUGCAUUUAUUUAAACGAUCUUGGCAAAACAAGCAUUAUACUGAACAUUUCAUCAAAAUCAGAUACGAAAUGAGAAAGGUAUGACGUUUCAAUUUCACAAAACAGUUGUUGACGAUGUUCAUGUGAGGGAGCCAAUCUCAUAACCCACUCAUUGUUUCUCGUAUAUUUGAUAAUAUGAGAACUUUUUCUUUCCUCAUAAUGUGAACAAAAUGUGAUUCAUCCUUGUAAUUGUCUGCAAAAAACGAAAUAUUGCAAAUUCACUCAUCAAAAAAAUAAAAAAUAAGUAAAAAUAGUGAGUGUGUGACAUCAUAGACUCUACUUUGCAUCUCACCACAUUUUCCAAGUUUGAUGAACUUUUCAGCAUUAUGUUUGAUUUUUUUUUUCUUUUUAUGAAGUCAAACUUUUUAAUGGUGGACUUCCCCUUUGGAGUUACUAUAUCUUAAAUCAAUACAAAAACAUAAACGAGUCAAAGAAACGAAAGUUGAGAUGUUAAAUAUUUUUUAAUGUUAGAAUUUACAAAGAGAUUGCACUUAAAAUGAGAUUGUCAUGUAGCUGACUAUACUAUCAAACUUCACAAAGAUGAUAAAAUAUAUUU